AUGGCUGUCUGUCUAUCAAACAAGUAUUCCGAUGAUGACUGGUCGUUUCUCAAACUACUUGGUGUGCGGAAGCUCGAUUUCAACGGAUUCAUCGAGAAGCUAUAUGAAAUUGCCGAUACACGCAUUGGCUUUUGUUCGAAAGAGCCUCGCUGGCAUAUCCAUCUCGCGCAAACUCUUCUCGCGGAAAGCAAGCAUAUUACCAAGGCUUUCGAUCUUCCGAUCAUCCCACUGAGUGAUGGGCGAUGGGUCUCUGCAAAAGCAUCAAAAGGAAAUCUGUUUAAGAAGAAUCUAUCGAUCAACCUUGACAUUCCUCCGGGGCUUGACUUGAACUUAAUUGCGCCAGAUGCCAUGGAGGACACCAAUCGGGAGAACCUUUAUCUCAGCCUAGGGGCAUAUCCAUUGAAUGUCAAUAUGGUCCAGGAUCGGAUCCUUGAUACGCAUAGUAAUACCCCUCCAGUUUCCAUUAACAGUGCCUUGGCCCAUGUUCAGUUUCUAUUCGCCAGCAAAUGGACAAACCGACAACAGGCCACGAUUCACGUGCCCACCAAAAGUGGGAAGCUUGCACCUUCCUUUUCAGUUUACCUCGACCUCGAUCAACAAUUCUCUGCUAGUCGGUAUUUCAAGGAUACAGGUGAUCACUUUCACUUUCUUGACCCCCGAUUGCUGGAGCCGAUCUCGAAGAAACAUGAGUUCAUCCGCUGGUUGGGCGAUGAACUCGGGGUUUCAAUCAUCCCUCGUCUUGUCUUUUUCAACACGGAUAAAGGCACAUCGGACAUUGCGGAGGACUUUCGGCAUUUGAUAGAUGUCGUUCCGUCCAAAGAUUGGCUCCUCCUUUUAAGAGACAACUGGGAAGACUAUACCCUCUCACUGAGGCGGAACAAGGCUGAAGCCGGAAGGAUAUAUAAGACUCUGGGCUCACUGCAGGUCCAGUGCACGAACGGCCGCAAGCACAUGCUGCGCGAAACAUGUCUUCCCCUGCCGCAAUGGACAGAAUACAAAGAUACCCAGCUACCGAUACUUGAUAUUCCGGACCCUAACAAUUCCUCCUGGGAGUUCUUGCAGAGAAUAGGUGUGAUUACAGGGUUCGAUGCAAAGUUCUGCCUGAGAUGGCUGGAGAGCGCCAGGAACAACCAAAUCAAUACUGAAGAGGUCGGCAAGCUUUACUUAGAACUACAAGGAGCUACGCAAGACCAUGACUUGAUAAGAAAGGAGUUCCAGGAGAAGGCUUUGAUCUAUGUCCCGACUGCUGAACAAAAAUGGAGCACACCGGAAGAGUGCUUUUGGGGUGCUCCCAAAAGCGUCAGACUUACUCCACGACUAAAUAGCUUCUACCCCGAAUGUGAGAAGCUUUUUCGGCAGAUACUUGGUAUCGAAGACGCCGUGCCGGAAGACCUGUUGAUUGAAGCCAGUAAUUGUCACGAGGGCGAAAGAUAUCAGCUCUUUCGGGAUGCGGACGAAUUGAUAUUCAAAUCUGGGUUGACCAAAAAAACCAGGACUAGACCGGAAGUCCGGUUUCCCAUCCGAGAUUUUGAAUGGUCAUUGUCUUUUCGCUCGGCACAGGAAAUGUGGUUCAUUGCGGAUAGAGACUAUCUUUACCACGCGUUCAAAGGAUGCUCUUCUUUGCUCGCAUUUGAUGUCCAGGACGUUCUUCAAAUGCAGCACCUCAUUCGAUAUUUUGGCCUAGAGGACCGUUUACUCUCGAAAAUAUCGUACAGCCAUGUUUACAACGAAGGAUCCAGCUCGAUUGACCGUGCAGCUACCAGGAAACUGCAGCAGAAGGUUUCUUUUCUACUCAGGUUCGAUUCCAUCAAGCGGAGGUUCAAAUCCCUCUGGGCUAUCAUGAUGUAUCUAACAGCAUAG